AUUGCAGCAGUGACGUCUCCACCUUUUUACUGCCCCACCCUGAGGGAAACCGGAAGUAGUUUUCUAUUGGUCAGCUUUGCGCUCGGGGAAGUUUUGAAAAUCCGAGCCGAAGAGUAACGACUUUAAUUUCCGCUGAUCAAACUGUUUAAUCUCACAGCUACAAAUGGGAGACGAUAUAAAGCAAACAGAGGAGGAGUCUGUGUGUGUGGUGAAGAGCGUUAAAGAGCUGUUUCCCGAUGAAGAGGAUCCUCAUGAUGAUGAUGGUGACGAUGAGGAGGAAGAUGAUGAUGAUGAUGAUAGUGGUACAGGUCACCUCUCUAUCGGUGCUCGGUCCUCUCUUCACCUGCAGCCGACCGAGCCGCUCGGGAGUGGAGAGUUACCUGCGCUGUUCCAGACCAAACACCUGGUGUUCUACGAGAGGUUUAAAACAUAUCAGGACUACAUGCUGGGUGACUGUAAGCCGUCAGAGGUUAAAGCUUUCACUGCUGAUUAUCUGGAGAAGGUGAUGGAGCCGCGUGACUGGAGGGCGCUGUGGCACACUGAUGUGUUUGAUGUGUUGGUGGAGGUGUUGGAUGUAGACUAUAAGGAUUUAAGAGCGGAGGUGGAGGUGGUUCUUCCACUGCAGUGUGAGGCUCGAGGUUGUGAGCUCAGUGAGGACUCCAUGAGAACUUUACUGGAAGCCACGAUGAACAGAGUUCCACUGCUGGAGCUCAGCGUGGUGUACGACUCGUCUGGAGACUUCGACCAAACAGCACUUGCUCUGGAACACCUCAGGUUUUUUUACAAACACAUCUGGAGGAAGUGGGAUGAGGAAGAUGAAGAUGAUGAGUUUGAUUACUUUGUGCGCUGCGUAGAACCCCGACUCCGACUAUAUUAUGACAUCCUGGAGGACCGUGUCCCUUCCGGUCUGGUGGAGGAGUACCACACACUUCUGCAGUGCUGCACAAACACCUUUAAGGAGUUCUCCAGCCUGAGGAACGUCUUGAGCAGUGACUCAGACUCAGAGCUGGACAACGUGUCCAUGGUGGAGGGACUGCGCAUGUACGAGCACAUGGAGACGCUCAAACGCAGACUGCGCAUCAUCGAGAACCCACUGCUGAGGAACGUGCUGGGUUACAGGAUGAAUUGUGGUCGACAUUCGCUUUGUCCUAAAGGUGAGCGUCCCGGUGGAGGCCGUGUGGUCCAUGUGGUCUCGUCCUCCACCAGCGUUCAGUCUCUCAACAACCUGAUGAUGGAUAAACUCCUCCCUCUGUACUCAGGGAAAGAGUUCGAGCUGCAGUUCCACAGUGACCCAGCGGCGGCGGUGACGGUGUGUUAUGACGGAGAUGUAAUCAUUGUGUGUCCUGGUCAUUACAUCAUCACCAGUGCCAUCAGCAUCACUGACUCCAUCCAGCUGGAGGGUUAUGGUUUGCCUGAUGAGAUAAUUAUAGAGAAGAGGAAUAAAGGAGACACGUUUGUGGAGUCGAUCGGUGUUGAUGUGAAAAUCUCCAACCUGAAGUUUAUUCAGCACGACGCCAUCGAGGGAAUUCUCUGUGUUAGACAGGGGAGGUUGGAGAUGGAGAACUGUGUGUUACAGUGUGAAACAAUUGGUGUUAUUGUUCGCACAUCUUCUCAGCUCAUCAUGAACAUGUGUGACCUUUAUGGCUCUAAGGGAGCCGGUGUAGAGAUUUAUCCAGGGAGUGUGUGCAGUCUGGUGGGAAACGGUAUCCAUCACUGUAAGGAGGGAGUUGUGAUUAAGGAUUUUGCAGAUGAGUUGGACGUUCCUCCUCAGAUCACAAUGGUGAAUAAUGUGAUCCACAAUAAUGCAGGUUAUGGAGUAAUUCUAGUAAAGCCUGAAGACCGCACAGCUGCUGCAGAAGCUGAAAAGGCGGAGGAGCAAUCAGAAGGCGGGGCCACAACACCAGAGGGUGGAGUCACACAUACAGAAGGCGGGGCCACAACACAAGAGUGUGGAGUCACACAUACAGGAGGCGGGGCUACAACACAAGAGUGUGGAGUCACACAUACAGGAGGCGGGGCUACAAUGUUGGAGGGUGGAGACACACAGACAGGGGUCAGGGCCACAACAUCAAUGGAUGGAAAUACACAAUCAGAAUGUGGGGCCACAAUGGAACAGGGUGGAGUCAUACAAUCAGAAGGUGGGGCUGUGAAAGCAGAGGUGGAGUCAGCAUGUGAAUUCACCACAGGAAAUGAUGUCAUCGUGCGUGAGCUCCUGGCCACUUCGGUGACGAAGCGUCGUGCUCAGAGGAACCGUGUGCGGGACGUAGGAACCCUGAGGGCCGACGAGAAUCUUCUGAGUCAGGACAUGUUCGUCUCCAUCGAGGGGAAUCAGUUCCGGCGUAAUGGCAUGGGCAGCUUUGGGACCUUCCUCUACUGAAACUAUCACAAGGGCUCAGAGACAAACUCCGCCCACAAACCGCUUAUUUAUCCCACAAACUUCCUGAAGUCUGUGUUGAACUCUUUAGGCUUUUAUUUAAUUUUACAUAUAGCUAACUGCUAGCGUGUGACCUGUUAGCAUGUAGUGUCUCAGUUCUGUUUAAAUUCAUCACAGAGUUUAAUUAAAGUUUAAUUUUACUUAAGUUUUAUUUUGUAAACUGGACAGUGAGGUGAUGUCACUCAAGUUUUAUUGGAAUGUUUGAGUUUGGUGAGAGAUGUGUUUGGUUUUGAUGACGAGAAGCUGAAGAGACACUGACGGUUAUAGCAGUUGUGUUGUGGUGUUCUAGUGUAGGCGUGGCGUUCUAGUGUAGGCGUGGCGUUCUAGUGUAGGCGUGGUGUUCUAGUGUAGGCGUGGCGUUUUAGUGUGGGCGUGGCAUUCUAGUGUGGGCGUGGCACUCUAGUGUGGGCGUGGUAUUCUAGUGUGGGCGUGGCGCUCUAGUGUGGGCGUGGCGCUCUAGUGUAGGUGUGGUUGUGGGUCACUGAGCACGUUGUGGUUUGGGAAUGAGGGGUGUGGAGUUUCUUGGCUUUCUGCUUCACCUUGUAUGAGACACGUUGCUGUUUUAAUUCACUGCAAAUUAAUCAACAGGAAUUAAAGUUCUGCUAAAACCUCA